AUGUUACCUGUUGUGAAACUUAGAUCCAAUGGGAGGCCGGCGGAUACGUGUCAAAGUAUUUCUACGACGGCUUCAUGGGUUUGUGGGAAGGCUGGCAUGGGAGAAGAUUUCAAAAAUCUGAGUGCUACGUACCCCGACUACGAAAUAUGGGUGACCGGUCACUCACUUGGAGCUGCGAUGGCAUCGUUGGCCUCCUCGUACAUUAUUACUCAUAAUGGAGUUCCAUCUUCAAGGGUAAAAUUGGUCACAUAUGGCCAACCACGAGUUGGUGACUUAGAUUACGCCCGGGUACACAACUCAGAGGUAACAUACAGUUUCCGGGUUGUUCAUUGGAGAGAUCUAGUACCGCAUGUUCCACCAUUGGGCUUCUUGGGCUACUAUCAUCACCAGUCAGAGGCCUUCUAUCCCCUGAACAUGUCGAUCAACGCCAAGUACAGGGUAUGCUAUGCCGGUGAGAGCUUCCGGUGCAGUGACGGGUUGCUGUUCACCUCAUCAAUCCAAGAUCAUCUUCAUUAUUUCAACGUUGACGUUAGUGCCUAUGGAAUAUACGGUUGUAACAGGACAAUGGUUCCUGAAAAGAAUAUUACAACGUCGACCGCAGUGCCUACCAACUAUACGGAUGUGACUACCCCUGAAAUUGAGCUGACAACAAGAAAGUCCAUUUUCAACCAUAUCUAUGGAAAAAUUCGUGGAUUAUUGACCAGAUCUAAUUAG